AUGUGGGAAUCAGAAUCACGUUUCAUUAUUGUCUUAGAGCCAUGGGAGCAGAGGCAGGAGCGACUGAAGAAGACCGGGACCGGUGUGGCAGAGCAGAGUCUCCUUUCGUCGGAGCAAUGGCUUCAGCUGCAUGGGCUGAAGAGCAAGAAGCUGACUUUGAAGCAGAUCUUAUCACAGAUUGGGUUCCCUCAGAGUGAAGAUUAUGUGACUUCAUUGAAGAGACUCGUGGCUUCUCGGUAUGCUGAUGGCCUGUUCCCACGGUUCUACACAGCAGAAGAUGGCAGGCUGUACAAUCUGACAGCAAAGGCAGAGCUGAUCUACCAGUUGGUGGAUUGUUUAACGCAAGCCGUGGAGAGUUAUAAGCAACGGAUGGACUGGCUCACCAGUGGGAGCCGGCAGAUUUUUGGUGUUAUCUUGGAACAGAGAGUCACCAUAGUGCUGGAUCUCAGAGACAUUCUGAAGGAGGAGCUCAAUCUGUGUCAGGAUGCUCUGACAAUGGUCCUCCAGGAGCAGGUGGCUCUCAUCACCAGUUUCAACAUCAUAUGGGUUUCCAAAGAGCCGGUGAAAUGGCAGGAGGCUGCCAUCUUCGUGACUGAAUACUCCAUAGCCACUGCCAUCAGUUGGAUUGAGAGAAUGACUUUUGAGCCAAUGGUUGUGAGAGAAGUUAGCUGCCUGGACUCUCUUCUGGAAGCUGGGAAAAUUGAAACCAUUGAAGCCAUUUACUACUUUGUGGUGGGGGAUGUUCCUCAGAAGUCCCGGAAGCUUCUACUCCAGAGGAUUCUGGAGGUCCCACAUCCGGUCUGCACAGUAUCCUUCAACGCCAGAGGAGAAGACACCAUAGCUUUUCUAAAAGAUCUGAGUGCCAGGACCCACGGCAGAUUCCACGCGUUUGCGGAGAGAACAGAGUGUCUGAAAUUCUCUGCCUUUGCCAUGGAGGACGUUGACAGCUCCCUGACUUGGAAUUCACGGAAACUGAAAGGGAGACAGCCUCCAGGGGCCGGCGUCAGAGAGGAUGUGUUCCUCAUCUGGAGGGAAAUGGAAGAAGCCUGCAGCACGCUGGCUCAGGUCCGGAGCCUGGUGGACAAGGCUCCUCAGUCGGCUCCUGAGCCCAAUGUGUCCCCAGCAGACUGCAAACCAACGACGCCUGCUGAGAGUAAGGAAAGUCCAGAAGACACCUGGGACUCCCGGAAGUGGCUCCAGAAAUAUGGCUUGAAGGCUCAGAAACUGACCUUUUAUGAUAUGCUCGCCGAAUGUUCCUUCCGCCAUGCUGAUGGAGUCGUUGAUAUAAAAGCCAAACCAGAAAACGAAUCUGUGCAGACCAGCGCGGAGACCAAUAAGAAGACUAUCCAUGCCAAAUACUGCAACAGAUUCAUCCACAUCCCCUGGAAGGAUGGGAGCUUGAUCCACGUCAACAUCACCAAGGAGAAGUGCAAGCGAUACAGGGAGAGAAUCCACACAGCCCUGGCCAGGAUCCAAAGGAGGAUUAAGUGGCUACAGAAUGGGAGUCACGCCCUCUUUGGCAAAGCCCAGGGAGAGCGCAUCUACGUCCUCAUUGACACAUCUCGCUCGAUGAAGAGCAGACUGAACCUGGUCAAGGAUAAGAUCAUUGGGUUCAUACAGGAACAGCUAAGAUACAAGAGUAAAUUCAAUUUCGUGACCUUUGACGGUCAGGCAAUUGCUUGGCGGGAAAAACUCGCUGAAAUCAAUGAAGAUAAUUUGAAACAGGCUCUGUCGUGGAUUAGAAACAUUAAGGUUGGGAGUUCCACAAAUACCCUGAAUGCCCUGAAAAUCGCUUUUGCAGAUGAAGAAACACAAGUGAUCUACCUUUUGACAGACGGGAGACCUGACCAGCCACCAGAAAUGGUGAUGGACCACGUCAAACUCUUUCAGAACAUCCCCAUUUAUGCCAUCUCCUUCAGUUACGACGACGAGGUUGCUAAUGAGUUCUUGAAGCAGCUCGCUGCUUUGACUGGAGGCGAGUUCCGUGCUUAUAACUUUGGCUGCAAGGAUUCCAUUCAGGAUAUUCAGGAUGAAGACGUGAACCUUUUACUUCAGGAAGUGCAGCGGGGUUACAGCAACCUGGAGAAGGUACAGGAGCUUUACACCGAGUCCUUAGUCAUCGACUGGUGGUACAACACAGACAAGGACACGGAUAGCAAGCAUCAAAAGGAAAUCUCAUCCAUGGCUUCAACUCCAGAAAAAUGUGCAAACUCUCAAUCCGACGCUGACUCAAUGACUUUGUCACCCUCAAACGUGUCUACAGGAUCGUGGAAGGUUUCAGAGGAAAAAACACAGAAAAAGAAAAUCCUCCAUGCAGAAUCGACCAAAACAAGCCUACUCAGAAGUCACCUAUUCAACUUCAAGAGCUUCAGCGAGAAGAAAGACAGCCCCAGCUCCAAGAGCGACAUCACAGCUCUCACCAACAGAGAAAUGAGCAUCCUGCUGAUGAACAAGUAUCUAGAUGACAAGUUGUCAGAAAGCCUCAGUGGAAAUGGGAACCAAGUUAGUGACCACACCUCUUCGGACAUGUCCUCCAAAACCUGGCUCCAAAUCCAUGGCCUGGUGGCCAAGAAACUCACCAUCACAGACGCCUUGGCCGGGACCAUGGUAUCCCACAGCUCCACCUAUGUCCCCAUCCUGAAUAAGAAUGUUGUCUCCAAGGUCUUUGAUGAGAUGUUCCCUGUGGCACAUAUGUGCAGUAACAGCGAUAAGAUGAUAUUAAUUAACCCUCGUGGAGUCAACCUCAAUAUGUACAAGCAAAAUGUGGAGCAAGCCAUCAAAUCCUAUGAGAAGCGCUUAAAUAAAAUUGUCUGGCAAGCGCUGUCUGAAGAGGAGAAAGAGAAGUUGGAUGCUGUCAAGCCCAUGCAGUACUUGGAAAACAAGGCAGUUUUAAACAGAGCCCUGGAGCGGCUGAAUUGGCCCAUUUCACUGAAAGAGCUGUCGAUGCUGGAAAACGAAAUCUUGGUUGGGAAAAUGUACAUCCAGCAAGCCAUGGAGCUCCAGGAGGUUGCCAGGAAGAACUACCAGAGCAAGACACUACAGGAGCAGCAUAAAUUGCAAGGGUAUCCAACAAAGAAAAUCAAAUCAAAGCUAGACCCUCUCAAAGGCCAGAAGGUUAUUGCCAGAUGUGAGGAGAACGGCUUCUAUUUCCCAGGGGUUGUGAAGAAAUGUGUGAGUUCCUCCCACGCCUUGGUAGACUUCAAGUAUGGUGAUACCAAGGUCGUACCCAUCUCCUUCAUCACGCCUAUUGGGGGCGCCAUGCCCUGUCCACAACUUCAGGUUGGGGAUUACGUGUUUGCAAAAAUCAUGACAAGCAAAGGAUUUGACUUCUACGUCCCCGCCAUUGUUAUAGCUCUUCCAAAUCACAAUGUGGCUUCAGAGAAAUUCUACACAGUUUUGAAGUGUAACAACCGAAGAGAAUUUUGCCCUCGGAGUGCUCUCAUUAAGAUCAGCCAAAACAAGUAUGCUCUGUCUUGCUCCAUGAUAAGAUCAUCUCUGGUCGAGAACAAUCAAACAGGGGAGGAAAUAGAAGCAAGUGACUCUUCCAACCUCUGGACCGUGACUGAAGAAACCCCCGAGUAUUCGAAACAGCCCAAACAAGAGAAACUCAGAAAAAAGAAAAAGAAGUCCUCCAAGAGGUCACCGCUCCAGGAGCUAAUGUGCUCAGAUUCGGACGGUUCCUCCCAUGGCACCAGAGAAGGUUUUCCACACGUGGGCUAGGACGCCGCCAACUCCGUCUUCGCCACACCGCCACCAGGAGCAGCCCUGCCCUGA